GCGAGGACUAAAAGAAAAACAGGAAGUUUUAUUAGUUACGUUUUACAACUAAGCUUUCAUAACAACGUCUGUAAUUAUAAAUAAUAUAAAUUAUAUUGCUUAAAAAUUACUGAAAUUUAAUAAUUUCGUCGCAGACUGGGCGUGUAAGUUUAAAACGGCAAACGGUGUUUUCUUUGUUUUUUAUUUCCGCUGUUUUCUUUUUUGUUUAAUUUAAAUCAAUACUUUUUAAUUUAAGGAGCAACAAAAAUACAACGUGCUGAAUUUUAUGUGGUUAUUGAAAACGCAGAAGAUACUUCAAUAUAAGCUUCAACACUAGAACUUUGAAAUUAGUUAACCACGUAUCACAUAUUGCCAUAGAACGUCAAAAUGACGGAGGAUACCGAAUAUAAAAAGUUGCCAAUUGACGAGCGCUGCGUUCAUAAAUUAUGGAAGGCUCGUGUUGAUGGUUACGAAGAGGCAGCUAAAAUAUUUCAAGACAUUGACGAUGAUAAAUCGCCAGAAUGGAUGAAAUUCGUUGGUCUCAUUAAAAAAAUGGUUGUGGAUUCAAAUGCAAUGGCGCAAGAGAGAGGUCUUGAAGCAGCAUUAAUAUUUGUCGAACGCUGUGGACAUGCCAAUAGAACAGUUGGAGAUGUUAUGUCUGGUAUUGUACAAAAAUGUAUAGCUGCGCCUAAAACAAAGACUAAGGACCUCUCCGUACAAAUAACACUUAUGUAUGUUGAAAUUGAGAAACAAGACGCAGUUCUAGAAGAACUUUGCAAGGGUAUGGAACAUAAGAAUCCAAAAAUCGUAUCAGCUUGCGUUGCAGCCACAACAUUGGCACUACAUGAUUUCGGUUCUAAAGUCAUAAAUGUUAAACCGUUAAUUAAGAAACUAGCACCAUUAAUGAGCGAUCGCGACAAAGGUGUGCGAGAUGAGGGAAAACAGUUAGCUGUUGAAAUAUAUCGUUGGAUUGGUGCACCUAUGAAACAACAAAUAUCAACUUUACCCCAAGUUACGAUUAAAGAACUCGAAGAUGAGUUUGACAAAUUGAAAGGUGAAAAACCUGAACCUGUCAGAUAUCUGAAAUCUCAACAAGAAAAACAAAAGCAAAUAGCUGCUGCUGCAGCAGAAGCUGAGGAACCAGAUGAGGAUGGGGAGGCAGAAGUUGAGGAAAUUGAUCCAAUGGAUCUUAUGGAUCCAGUAGAUAUACUUUCAAAAAUACCGAAAGAUUUUUAUGAGAAACUUGAAGAAAAAAAGUGGACUAUUCGAAAAGAGGCAUUGGAAACGCUAGAAAAACUAUUAACGGAAAACCCCAAACUAGAAAGUGGGGAGUACGGCACACUGAUAAAUACAUUAAGAAAAAUAGUUGCUAAAGACUCUAACGUAGUAUUAGUGGCAAUGGGUGGUAAAUGUUUGGCUAUGUUGGCAAAAGGUUUGGGUAAACGUUUCUCUCCCUAUGCAAUGGGUUGUCUUCCUACACUUCUGGAAAAAUUCAAAGAGAAGAAAUCAAAUGUUGUAACAGCAUUACGUGAGGCUAUCGAUGCAAUUUACCCCUCAACUAAUCUUGAAGCUAUGCAAGAAUGUAUUGUCGAAUCUUUGGGAAGUAAGAACCCUACUGUUAAAUUAGAAACAGGUUCAUUUUUGUCGCGUGCAUUUGCACGUACACAGCCUGCAGCAAUUAAUAAAAAGCUAUUAAAAUUACUAGUAACUACUUUAGUAAAGACGCUAAAUGAACCCGAUCCAAAUGUACGUGAUAGUUCUGCCGAAGCAAUUGGCACUUUAAUGAAAUUGAUGGGUGAAAAAACAGUUGCGCCAUUACUUGUUGAUGUAGAUGCAUUAAAAAUGGCUAAAAUAAAAGAAUUUCACGAUAACGCAGAAAUUAAAGUCAAAAUUGUUGGAGCUAAAAAGGAACGACCAGCUACUGCUCCAACAUCCAAACCAGCAAACACUGUAUCUUCUAAAGGCGGUUCAACUGAACCAAAACCGGUUGUACGACCAUCAACUGCAGGCGUUAAAAAAGCGUUGCCUAAAAAAGCUGCUAGUCGAAAUACUGGUGGUGGAGAUUCGAACGCCAUUGGUGGCGGUGCCACAAAGUCAGCCUCUUCAAAAUCAUUAGCGACUGAAAGAGAAAUGACACCCGAGGAAGUACAAGCUAAAGGUGAUGAAUUAAUCGCUGCUGAUAUAUUGCAAGGCUUGGUAGAUUCGAACUGGAAGAAUCGGCUUGCAGCUGUUGAAAACUUAUUAGCACAGGUACCAGAGUUUGAUCCUAAAACACCAGGAAUUUCACAAGUGUUAGUUCGAACUAUUAGUGGACGAAAACCAGGCUUGAAGGAAAUGAAUUUUCAAGUCCUUAAACAUAAAUUGGAUAUCAUACGUGCUGUUGCAGAAACAUUUCCAUUAACAACAAUAACUGUAGAUAUUGUUUGUAACGAAAUUACAGAAAAGUUGGCUGAUGUAAAAAAUGGAACUACGGCUGCAGAAGUACUUACUGCAUUUGCUGAAGCAACAAAACUUGAUUAUGUUGUUGGAAAAGUUAUAGGUUUUGCUUUUGAACAAAAAUCACCCAAAAUGCAGUCAGAAGCUUUGAAUUGGGUCAAUAAAUGUGUAUUAGAGUUCGGCUUCCAAGUUCAAGCAAAGGUUUUAAUUGAUGAUUUACGGAAAGCAGUGCAAAGUACAAAUCCUGUGGUACGAAGUUCAGCAAUUACACUACUCGGCACAAUGGCUAUGUUUAUGGGGAAUACAUUGAUGAUUUUAUUUGACAAUGAAAAACCUGCUCUGAAAACUCAAAUUCAAGCAGAAAUAGAUAAAAAUAUUGGUGAAAAACCGCCAAAACCUAUAAGGGGAGUAAAGAAAUCUGCGGUAGCCGCAAAUAAAAACGAAGAAGCUGAUUAUGAAACGUGCGAUGAUGAUGAACAGCGGAACGAAGGUGGUGGUGAGAAAAUAAAUUUAACAGAUUUAUUACCCCGCGUUGACAUUUCUCCACAAAUAACGGAACUAUUACUUAUUGAAAUGAGUGAUAAAGACUGGAAAAACCGUAAUGAAGGACUUAUUAAAGUGCAAGCUAUUAUAAGUGAAGCAAAAUUAAUAAAAUCUUCAAUUGGUGAUUUAGCUCCAGCUUUAGCGCUACGAUUAUUCGAUUCAAAUGCCAAAAUCGCACAAACAGCUUUGGCAAUUUGUGAACAACUAGCUAAUGCUAUGGGUUCAGGCUGCAGUAAAUAUGUGAGAACACUAUUCCCUGGUAUAUUACAUGCACUUGGUGAUAGCAAAAGUUUUGUACGCACUGCCGCUUUAAAUUGUAUAAAUAGUUUUGGUGAAAAAGGUGGUUAUAAGGAGUUCUUCGAAGGUGAAAUGAUUGCGGAUGCUCUAAAAUCAGGUUCUCCUAGUUUAAAAACUGAAUUAUGGCAAUGGUUAGCAGAACAUUUACCACAAAUGCCGCCAAAAUCAAUAUCGAAAGAUGAUUUAAUUUCUCUAAUACCUCACCUUUAUGCUCACAUUUGUGAUCGAAAUGCUGAUGUGCGAAAAAACGCUAAUGAAGCUGUACUCGGUGUUAUGAUUCAUCUUGGAUUUGAUGCUAUGAUCAAAGCUUUAGAUAAACAAAAACCAGCUGCUAAGAAAGAUAUACAAACUUCAUUAGAUAAGGCACGUCCUAAUUUACCUAUUAAGCCAUUACCGAAAGGUAAGCAACAAGCACCGAUUGUAGAAGAACCCAAAAAAACUGUUCGUGGCGGUGGAGCCGCACAAAAAGUUUCAGCAAAUAAAACCACACCACCUGAGAAAACAGCUGGUAACUCACGAAAGAAAGAAGAGGAGAUCGACAUUUCACCAUUAUUGGCAGUAAAUAAUAUGAAAAAUCAGCGCUUGAUUGAUGAACAAAAAAUGCGUGUUUUGCGGUGGGCAUUCACAACACCACGUGAAGAGUUUACGGAAUUAUUAAGGGAUCAAAUGAUUGCAGCCAAUGUAAAUAAACGAUUACUGGCAAAUAUGUUUCAUGAUGACUUUAGAUAUCAUUUAAAAGUGAUAGAAUCAUUGAGCGAAGAUUUACCCAGCAACCCCAAAGCUUUAAUCUGCAAUCUUGAUUUAAUACUAAAAUGGUUAUCACUGCGUUUUUAUGAUACAAACCCUUCUGUAAUAAUUAAGGGUCUGGAAUAUCUAAAUUCAGUGUUUAGUCAAUUGGUGCAACUGGAAUAUAUUUUAGCUGAAAACGAAGGUUACGCAUUUAUACCGCAUUUACUCUUAAAGCUUGGUGAUCCUAAAGACGCUAUACGUAAUGCAACACGCACAUUAUUACGACAAAUAAUGCUCGUUUAUCCUUAUACUAAAUUGUUUAGUUUUCUAAUGGAAGGACUGAAAUCAAAGAAUGCACGUCAACGCACAGAAUGUUUGGAUGAACUUGGCUUUUUAAUAGAAUCAUAUGGAAUGACAGUUUGCCAACCAACGCAACAAGCAGCAUUGAAAGAAAUAGCACGUCAUAUAUCUGAUCGUGAUAAUGCGGUACGCAAUGCAGCUUUAAACACAGUAGUGAGUGCAUAUUUCCUAGCAGGAGAAAAAAUAUACAAAUUGAUUGGGCAAAUGAGUGAAAAGGAUAUGUCAAUGUUAGAUGAACGCAUAAAACGUGCUAAAAAAACAAAAAAGCCAACGCCUCCUGUAGAAUUAGCGAAACCUGCCGUGCAGGUAGUGCAACAGGAUAGUAUUGAAAUUGAUGAUUCUAAUCCUAGCAUUUGUGACGAUGAACUCCCGUUGCCGGAAGAGCAUGAAUCACCUAGUAAUAAUCUUGCAAGUGUGCGUCAAAAACAAAUGGACGAAAAUAUUUUGCAUAUACCUCAUUCGUUGAAAAGAGAAGCAACUUUUGAUCAACCAUCAUCGACACAAUUACAUUUAACGCAAACGCAACAACCAAUUAAAUCAACAGGUCCCUUCGGUUUAGAUCCAGAUGUAAUUGCUGAUAUCGAAAAAGGUUGGGUGCGUGCAGAUCAAAUCAAACAAGAAGAAGUACCAACUGUCGAUAUUUCAAUAUUGUACGAACCCAUUAAGAUUAUACCAACACGUGAUGGUGUGCAAUAUCCGCAAGAUAAGUUCGAAGAAUUGAUAGCGCGCUCACAUCUUAUGCAAACGCAUUCAACUCCUCCAGGUAGAGGCGUCGUCUCACCAUUCAUGAGUCCAUCACAACAGCAUAUGAAUAAUCCAGCUAAUUUACCAAAAUUGGAUCCAAAUUUAAUUAAAAUCAUCAAUGGUAUUAGCAGCACCGAUACUUUAAAAGCACGCGCAGCUAUAAACGAAAUCACUGAGAUACUUGAUUAUGAAGAGAGACAGCUUGUGUUGCGUGAUUAUGAAGAACUUUUCAUACAAAGCGCACUGGCGCAAUUAAAACAUUUAUCUCAAGUACCUCAAGCAGAUUCUGUGAUUGUAUAUCAACCACUGCUCUCUAUAUUAUACACAUUUUUCUAUUCAAAGUCACUUGGUAGAACAUUGAGUGUUAAUUGUAUAAAGGACCUAAUGACUGUAUUGUUAAAUUUAAUGGCUGAUCAAAAACUAAAUAAUGGUGACGAUAGUCAAUACAAUAAGGUUAUUAAUGGUAUAUGCCUGAAAAUACUGGAUAAAGUUAACUUUACGAACUUAAAUUGUGCACUAAUACGUUUGUUGCGCGAAACUUGUCCUGUUGCUGGCUUGCCUAAAUUUACUGAUCUACUUAUGAAAUGCAUUUGGAGAAACGUGAAAAUGCUAUCAGAACGUUCUAAUGAACUACACUAUGAUGCCGUACUAUUGGAAGUUAAUCAGUUUAUGCUAGAUCUUCCGAGCGCUUGGUGGCAGUCACGUCCAACCGAUACGCCUCUGCGUACAAUCAAAACAAUUAUACACAAUAUGGCCAAAAUUAAAGGAAAUGCUAUAUUAGAUCAUUUACCGCCAUCUGCUGGGCACUCAGAAUUACACUCGUAUUUAUUGAGAAUACUUAAGAAUUUACAAAAGGAUGGUACCAUUCCUUCAGGCGCACCUCAGCGUUCAACUUCUGCUAAAGAACUGUAUUCUAAACGCGCUUUAAGUCAAGCUCCAGAAGUGAUGUCUCAAAUAUUUAAACUCAUUUCAGAUAAAGAAACAAAACAGCAGGGAUUACAAAAAUUAUAUGAAUUUAAGGUACAAAAUCCAAACAUAGACAUAAGUGCAUUCCUCAAGGGAGCAACUCCCAAUUUUCAAAAAUACAUCGAAGACGGCUUGGCUGAAAUCGAAAGAAACUCAAGUGCUAAAGUAGAUAAAAACGUGGAUAACUUGGGACAAACUGCCGUUUUGGCAACAUCAAGUACAGAUAAUCGUUUAGAUGCAAAUAUUUUGACGCAAAACUCUAUAUCGACAACUACUGCGUCUGGUGAUGUUAGAGUGGAUCCUGAAUACUGGUUGGAUCGUUUAAAUCGCUUAAAAGCUCAAAGUAAUUUAACACAACCUCGUAAUCCUGAUGGCAGUUAUGCGCUAGGCACACAUUUACUGGACAAUAAAGUUGCAGAUGAGAAUCUCAACCUGAAUGUUUUGACUGCAGGCCAGAAGGUGUCACUAAUACGCAGUGAUCGUAAUGAACUAUCUCCAAAUCGGCUUCAACAUAUUCAAGCUAAGUUGGCUUUGUUUAAAAAGGAAAAUAAUUCAUAAGACACCUCAAGUUAAAUAAAAUUCAAAAACCUGUAUGUUAAUAA